CCCCCCGAUGCGCGCGGGGACGACGCGGCGCCUCCCGCCGGGGGAUGCUGCGGGGCUGCGGGCGCCGGGCACCCGGGCCGUGCGCUGAAGCCCCGGCGCCGGGCCCGUCCCCCCGGGCGCGGGCCCAUGGAGCGGCUCGGGGAGAAGGCCAGCCGCCUGCUGGAGAAGCUGCGGCUCUCGGACUCCGGCAGCGCCAAGUUCGGCCGCCGGAAGGGCGAAGCGAGCCGGUCCGGCUCUGAGGGCGGCGCGGGGCCGGGCAAGGGGCGCCUCGGCGGGCCGGGGGCGCCCCGGAAGCCGGGGGCCGCCGGGGCCGAGCCGCCCGAGCCGGCGCCCCCCGGGGAGCCGGGCCCGCCGGACGCGGAGCGGAACCCGCGCGGCUCGCUCGAGGCGCCGCGCUACGAGGGCGCCUUCCCCGGGGGCGCGCUGCCCGGCCGGGCCCCGCCGCCCGCCCAGCCGCCGCCGCCGCCCGACUUCCGGCCCGGGUGCGAGGGCCCGGGCCCGGCCCUGAGCCCCCGCUCCAGCUUCGCCAGCAGCUCGGCCAGCGACGCCAGCAAGCCGUCCAGCCCCCGCGGCAGCCUGCUGCUGGACGGGGCGGGCGCGGGCGGCAGCCGGCCCUGCAGCAACCGCACCAGCGGCAUCAGCAUGGGCUACGACCAGCGCCACGGGAGCCCGCUGCCCGCCGCCGGCCCCGGCCUGCUCGGCCCGCCCGCCGCCGGGGCCCCGGGGGGCUGCGCCCCCGGGGGCGGCGCGUCCGCCUACCCCGAGCUCCGCGCCGCCCUGGACCGGCUGUGCGCGCACCGGCCCGCGGGCUUCGGCUGCCAGGAGAGCCGCCACUCGUACCCCCCGGCCCUGGGCAGCCCGGGGGCCCUGGCCGGGGCCGCGGCGGGCGCGGCGGGGCCGCUGGAGCGGCGCGGGGCGCAGCCCGGGCGGCACUCGGUGACCGGCUACGCCGACUGCGCCGCGGGCGCCCGCUACCAGGACGAGCUCUCGGCCCUGCUGCGCCUGGCGGGGGGCGCGGGCGGGCGGGAGGCCGGCGCCCGCGGGGAGCCGCCGGGCCCGGAGCCGUCGGGGCCCGAGGAGCCUUUCCUCCCGGACGCCUCCCGCGCCCGCCUGCGGGAGCCGGAGCCCCGCGAGGACUACUUCGGCACCUGUAUCAAGUGCAACAAAGGCAUCUAUGGGCAGAGCAAUGCCUGCCAGGCCCUGGACAGCCUCUACCACACCCAGUGCUUUGUUUGCUGCUCGUGUGGGAGGACUCUGCGCUGCAAGGCGUUCUACAGCGUCAACGGCUCCGUGUACUGUGAGGAAGACUAUCUGUUUUCAGGGUUCCAGGAGGCAGCUGAGAAAUGCUGUGUCUGCGGUCACUUGAUUUUGGAGAAGAUCUUGCAGGCCAUGGGCAAGUCCUAUCACCCAGGCUGCUUCCGAUGCAUUGUUUGCAACAAGUGCCUGGACGGUGUUCCCUUCACCGUGGAUUUCUCCAACCAGGUCUACUGCGUCACUGACUACCACAAAAAUUAUGCCCCUAAGUGUGCAGCCUGCGGCCAGCCCAUCCUCCCCUCUGAGGGCUGUGAGGACAUCGUGCGGGUGAUAUCCAUGGACCGGGAUUAUCACUUUGAGUGCUAUCACUGUGAGGACUGCCGGAUGCAGCUCAGCGGCGAGGAGGGCUGCUGCUGCUUCCCUUUGGACGGGCACUUGCUCUGCCACGCGUGUCACCUGCAGCGGCUCAGUGCGCGACAGCCGGCUGCCAACUACGUCUGAGCCGCGCUCACGGCUGCCAUGCUCACCGCCGAGGACGGAGGCCCGCCCGCGGCGCGGGGCGUGCGCCCUGCCGUCCAGCGGCGUCCUUUGGGGAGGCCCGGGGGCCGAAACCCAAAGAUCCUGACAUUCCACAGGGACCGGAGAGACCCGGGACCGAGGCUCCGGCGCGCGCGCUGGCUCCCGCGCUUUCUAAGCGUCUGGUCUUUAUCUGCAGCGGGUGCUCGUGCGUCAGUCGGGCAGUGAUCUGGCUCGCGCCACAGAAGAGGACGUGGUGGAAGCGCCCACGUCCUGUUGUCCCCCACGCCCGGUGUCACGUGUGAACUCAGCUAGGCGUUCACCAGUGUCCUGUUUCUAUCUGAAAACCCUCGACUUGAGAAACGAGUCGUCCCUUAGCCUUGUAAGAGCGGCCCGGCCCUGGCGAGGCCUGUGUCUCAGGGAGGCCUCCUGCUGCUCUGCUCAGCGCUGGGGGUCACGGGGGGGGGGGGUGUCUCGGGGCGUAGAGCUCGGUGCCUGGGAUGUCUAGGGAGCUGCAAGCUAGCCUUAUUCCCUGCUGUAGGUGCGCUGAGCCCUACGGCCCGAUACAGGUGUCCGUGGUACAUCCGUGUGCGUGUGCACACUCACGCCUGCCUUCUCAGGUCAGUCUUGCACUCGGCUCCCUGCUUCCGGGGCGCGCAGCGUUGCCCCCGCCACGGCCCCAGGACACCGGCUGAACCGGCCCCACGCGGGACGCCUCGCACGCAGCAGCUCCCGGAAACCUGUGUGCUUACGAGGUUUAGCGCUCUAAAUGACCAAUUUGCCAAAAGCUUCCUUCUCUUUGGGGGGUAUUUUUAUAUCCACUUGGGCAUUCUGUUCUCUGUUUUAAGGAUUUUUAUCUACAUAUCCAAGAGUACCUCCAAGUGAGUUUCUGGCACCAUAAAUUUAUCAAAUUUGCAGCACUUUGUAAAUGAGAUUGUUUCCUUCCUUCAUGGGUGUCUUUCUUAUGUCAUCUACUUUUAAAACACUUUUUUAAAGGAGUUUUAAGUUUCUAGCAAUAAAUAUCGUUGGUACAAACGUUUUGUGUGUCUUAUGUUUUGGGCUUUGUGGGCAUCUUUUGGUGGCACUGGGGUUUGA